GCGUGCGAAGUAAGGGGACUUAGUAGGGAACUGUCUGCGCACGCGCAGUUGUGAUUUCAGCCCCCAGCUCGGUUGUGAGAAGCGGAAGUAGUUACCAUGUUCCGGAAGUGCUUCUGCGUGUCAUGGCGGCGUUGGUGAGAGCCGUGAAGUGCCAGACUGGAAUGCCUCAAUGGAUUACGGUAUGCAGUGGAUUAAUACAGUCAACCUUGCCCCAAGCACAGUGGGACAGAAUGCUCUAUGGCACUCUUCAGAGGCAUGAGACUGGCCGACCCCAGUUGAAUAAAGUAUGUGGUGGAUUGAUACAAACCAGUGGUGCAAUAACACAGCAAAGGAGAAUGCUUCACAGCACUGACCAGUUUCUUGCUGCAAAAGAUUCCCUGCAGCCAUCUGAAGAGAAAGUGAGUGCCUUCACAAAGAUAAUAGAAGCAAUGGGAUUCACAGGACCACUGAAAUAUAACAAAUGGAAGAUUAAGAUAGCGGCUCUGCGCAUGUACACUUGCUGUGUGGAAAAAACUGACUACGAGGAAUUCUUUCACAGGUGCCAAAUGCCUGAUACAUUGAACUCUUGGUUUCUAGUAGCCCAGCUUCAUGUCUGGAUGUGUCUGGUACGAAUGAAACAGGAGGGUCGAGCUGGGAAAUACAUGUGUCGCUAUAUAGUUCAUUCUAUGUGGGAAGACGUUGAACAGCGUGGUAAGGUGAUGGGGAUUGAUUCUGUUACUCUAAAAGAAAGUAUGAGAAGCAUGACAGAAAAUUUCUAUGCAGCUAUAUUUGGAUAUGAUGAGGGGAUUUUGUCUGAUGACCAUGUACUGGCAGCAGCCCUUUGGAGAAACUUUUUCAACAAGCACUGUGAGGACCCCAAGCAGCUGGAACUGCUAGUGGAGUAUGUGCGCAAGCAGAUGCAGUACCUGGAUGCUAUAAAUGGAGAGGACCUGCUACUGGCUGGUGAAGUGACUUGGCGCCCUCUUGUGGAGAGUAAUGCCCAAAGCAUCCUGAGGCCAACUCCCCCAACGUAUAAUGAUGAAGGACUCUGAGACCUUCAUCAGUCAAUGAACAAUGUGUUAAAUCAGCUUGUACCUAAAAGUGAGGUUAUCUCAUUCUGUGGGGUACCCAAGAAGGGAAGGAAUAAAUAUUUGCCGUUGAAAGAAUAUGUUAAAAUAAAUAGCCUUUUUGUAUUGAUUUACAUGUUGGUAAACCUGACAGCAGUACUCUUUUGAAUAUUCUGUCUAGGAUUAGAUGCUCCUAGCUCAGUUGAGGAAUUCCUGGCUGUUGCAGAAGUAUAAAGUUGACCCUGUAGGUAGGUUCUGAGAGACAAUGUCCAUCUUUUGAAAACCAAAUAUCUUCCCAAAAGUGAUAGGUACCUCAAGAACAGGGUUCUCUGCUCUUUAAUUGGCAAGAGGGGAGCUGCUUCACACAGAUACAAUGACAUUACUCUUUCUGCGCCAUGAAAAGUUGCUAAGCACAAGGCUGAGUUCUGUGUGUUCUCAGUGUUGAUAUACCUCUAUCCUGGCUUUGGGGGACAUCGUCUAUUUUUGCAUUAAAAUGCUUGGGAAUUGGCUGAGAAAAUCAAAAAUCAUUUCAAGAUCAAAGCCCAGUUCAGGGUCAGACUGUGACUGGCCUCUUGCACAGAUGCACAAGGAGAGGUAGGUGCAAGGAGCUGGAGCCAGGGCCAGGCAUGUUCACAGUCCUUGCUAACCUCCUUGGGUACUAGCCAGCUAGAGAGGGAGGGGACAGGGCCAUGGGGGGUUAUGGCUAAAAGCCACUUUAGAGAACUUAUUGUUUCAAAGUAGCUGUAUCUUCCUGAUAUGCUUAUAUUCUUUCUAGAGCUGUGCUCUAGUGAUUGCUGCAGUAGAGUAACAUCUCAGUGGUCUAUUCAUGUUCUCGAUGGGAUAAAACUAUGCUCUGCCCAAAAGAAGAGGUUCAAGACCUUUUUUAGUUAACAUUUUAAAUAGUUAAGCAGGCAACAGUUACCCCAAAAGAAUAAUUAAAUGAAAACGUGCACCAAAUAAAUCAACAGAAAGUAGGACUUUAUUGCACAAACUAAAGGUCAACAUGGGGUUUCUAGUUCAGUGACUGAAACUGGUUUUAUUUCUCUCAUGUACAAAAUCUUCAUAGGAAACCAUGUGACCAAGUAAUAGAACUGUACUAGUUUUGUGUACUUUGUAAUGCCUUUGCUGAGAAUGAGAAGAACAGUGCCCUGUCAUGUCAGGAUAUAGUCCUAAUAAACCAAUUCAUCAAAUAUA